AGAAUCCCUCGGCCAAAAAUAGGCUGCUCCCUACUCCUUUUAUUUGGCUAAUUCCAUAGGAACCGGUGGAUCCAGUUAUAUUCUACGCUUUCUUUCUUUCUUUCUUUGUUCCUUUGUUUCUUUCAUUUAGUCUAAAAGCAAGAUAUAUAUCUUCCCCGACCUCAUUGUUGCUGUAAUAAAUACAAAAUCCAGUAAUACACAGUCUAUAACUGUUGAAGUGCCCAUAUUUUGGCUAAGUGUAGGUGUACUUCAUAGAAUAUUAUAGGAUACAUACUGUACAUAAAGGGAAGGUGCGUGCGGGCUGAGGUGAAAAAGUUGACGGGCUAGUUCAGCACAGAGGAAGUAACUACCAACGCUACUUAUUGAGUGUGCUGCCAUGUUCCUAAACUUUAUUCAGUUUGUAUGCAGGACAGGACAGUGGUAUAUUCAACUGAAGUUUUUCUUUUUAAAAAGAGGAGAGUAGACCCUACCUUAUUAUUAUUAAUUGUCUAUCAAAUACGUAUUAGACAACUGGGGAUUUUAAUUUUGUAUUUUAGAACGAGGUGCGACUUCCACUGACGAAGAUCACUGACUUGCACAGGGGAGACACCGAAAGCUCUCCCCCAACUAUGGAAACAGAGGCAACUGAUGUAUACUCUGCAAGUAACGGAGACUGCUCUCCCAGGAAGACAGAGAACUCUAGAAUGUUGGUGGACCUGUCGGCAAACACACAUGGACAGCAGCUCCAGCAUCCUAAUUCACCCACUGAAAACACAAUCAAACAGGAAGAUGAAGAUGAAGAAGAUGAAGGGGACAGGAGGACCACAGCAGAGGACAUGGGCCAAAGCGGGGAAGAGGGAUCGGGUUUGGAGGAGCCCAUGAUUGACAGCCCAAACAACCUACAGGAUGGGGUCCCCGGGUCAGAAGGGUCAUGUGACCCAGGAACUCGGCUGCCCAAUGGUGAUAGGCCGUUCCAGUGUAACCAGUGUGGUGUGUCGUUCACUCAGAAGGGCAAUCUGUUGAGACACAUUAAGCUGCACACGGGGGAGAAACCCUUCAAAUGCCCCUUCUGCAGCUACGCCUGCCGCCGUCGUGACGCACUCACAGGCCACCUACGCACACACUCAGUGGGCAAACCACACAAGUGCAACUACUGUGGGCGGAGCUACAAACAGAGGAUUUCAUUGGAGGAGCAUAAAGAGCGUUGCCAUAACUACCUCCAGAGUGUUGCCAUGGAUCCCACCUCCAUCACCAGGCCUUAUCCAGGUGAGGUCCCUAAAGAGCAGAGGCCCCUGGCCGAGGCUGUUGCCAGGGCAACCUUCGACCGCCCACCAGUCAUCGAGAGACUGCAGAGUAACAUGGGGAAGAGGAAGAGCACCACCCCACAAAAGUUUGUGGGUGAGAAGAUGAUGCGUUACAGUUACCCAGAGCUGAGCUAUGACAUGAGUCUGAAGUAUGAGAAGGAGGCGGAGCUGAUGCAGGCUCACAUGAUGGACCAGGCUAUCAACAACGCCAUCUCUUACCUGGGCUCUGACUCCCUGAGACCCCUAGUCCACCACCCCCAUCCGCACGGUCCACACGGUCCACACCCAUCCCUCUCAAUGGCUGAGGUGGUAAACAUGGGCAACCCCCUCUUCCACCACGUCUACCCCCUGGAACCAGGGCCAGGGCACCGUAUGGACCGACCAAGCAGCCGGGACGCCCCACCUCAUCCUUCACCUCUGCACCCUCCUCUUCCUGACUUUACUCCCUCCUCCAACGGGCCCAUCGCCCUCACCAGACCCAAGCAGCACCAGCUCCAGGGUACCAGAGAGGAGAGAGAGUGUCCUAGCAACAGUGGGCUGGACUCGGCCGAAUCUGCCCGGAGCAGCCCUCAGGAGAGGCUGGGUUACCACAGGAACCACAGAAACAACCCCCACCCCCGACCCAGGUCCAGACCCAGCCCAGCCAAUGGCGGGAGAGAGGAGGGGCGAGGUGGGGCUGAGGUGGGUGGGGUGGGGUUUACAGCGGAGGUGGCCCGGGGAGAGGCGGCAGAGACGAGUCGGGACGGGGUGCGUGUGUUUGGGCGAGAGGGCCGGGAGGUGAGGGUGUUCCAGUGUGAGCACUGCUGUGUUCUCUUCCUGGACCACGUUAUGUACACCAUCCACAUGGGCUGUCAUGGUUACAGGGACCCGCUGGAGUGCAACAUCUGUGGCCACCGCAGUAAGGACUGCUACGAGUUCUCAUCUCACAUCAUCCGCGGGGAACACACCUUCCAGUAGAGGGCUGGACAAGACAGGAGCCGUCCCUCCCCAUCCCCACCCCAGGACUGUGAUGUUGAACUAACUGUGUGUGGUCAAUGCAACCAACCAAGGCAGAGAAAACGAACUAACAUUUGCUGCAGCAUAAUGAAACUGACUAUAUAAUUCCAAACAAAUAUAUGAAGGUCUGGGCCAAAUACACAUUUUCAUUUUUUAAGGUGUUUUGAAGAUUUUAAAGUUGAGAUAUGCAUCUGAAGUGAGGGAUUUCUUCGUGUGGGAAAAAGAGGACAAAGAAUAAGUACACCUAUUCAGUUUUGUUGUGGUCUGUCUCUGAGAUUGUCAAAGAGCAACUAAUACUGUGAGUAGUUAUAUUAUAGUUUAAAAGUCGUUUUACUGUCCUUGUCUUGCAUACUGUAUUGUUGCACUUGUUUGCUGCAACACAAACUGCCAUGUAAGAGCUCAACUCAUCAAGGGGGCUUUCCCUGACUCCACCACCCAAACCAUUUCAUGCAACAUACAUCUUCUCUGUCUUAUGUCAAAAGCCUUGCUAACUGCAAAGUGCUCAGACGUGUUGUCACACCAGCCACAUUAGAGAGGGAGAGAGAGAAGAGCGAGUGAGAGAGAGAGAGAGAGANNNAGAGAGAGAGAGAGAGAGA